ACUCUCUCUCUCUCACGCGCACGCACCUGCGCACACACAGUGAGUGAAGAUGGCGAUGAGAGCGACGCUGCGGUGCCUCUCCGCAAACUUCUCGCCCAGGCUGCCUCUCCUCUCGUCUGCAGGGCGGGUUCACGCGGCUCGGUUGCGGUGGGUGAGCGGCACGCGGCGGACAUUCAGCACGUGCUCAGUCCUGUCAACAGCCCUAAAGUUCACUGAGAAACAUGAAUGGGUGCAGGUGGAGGGAGGAAUCGGCACUGUUGGAAUUAGCAAUUAUGCUCAGGAUGCAUUAGGUGAUGUGGUUUACUGUGGACUCCCUGAAGUUGGCCAAAGACUUGAACAGAUGGACGAGUUUGGUGCCUUAGAGAGCGUAAAGGCUGCCAGUGAGCUCUACUCGCCGCUGACAGGAGAAGUGACUGCGAUCAACACACGACUGGCAGAAAAUCCUGGACUUGUUAAUACAGAUUGCUACGCAGAGGGAUGGCUCAUCAAAAUGACCAUUGAAAAGCCUGAAGAAGUUGAUGCCCUCAUGGAUCAAGCUGCAUAUGAUAAAUUUAUUAAAUCCCUGGAAGAAUGAGACGACCUGGAUGAUAACAUCACGCUGCCUCUUUUGUGGUAUUUAUUCCGGUACUAGACACUGUGUCAUAUAAAUUUAUAAGUAUGUUUCCCGAAAAAGUUAGGAUUUUUCUGAAUGUAAAACAAAUUUUAAGGGCUCCUUAUCUCAAAUUUGUCAGCACUUAUGGGUCUUGAUUGUGUUGCUUCACUCUUCAUGCAGAUUAAUUUGUGGUAAAACUGGGGAAACAUGGGUUUGAUGUUCCUGUAUUUGUUGAUUUAUUUUUAAGAAUCAAAGUUUGAAAUAAAAUUGCUGACAUUUGUGUCAGUUACACUAAA